AUGUACAACUACUUGAAACUGACAAGUUAUGGUGAUAGCCAAAUGACAAUGGACUUAUUUAGUUUUCAUUGUUCGAUCAAUCCGCUAUCUUUGGUCAGCGUACCAGAAGCGUUUAUUCGUGUACAAGACAUAUCUUAUGAGAUGGAGUUUAAAUCAAUUAGUGUUUUCAACAGUUUGAAUGACUCAGUACCAGACCACGUGAAGUAUAUAACAAAAAGCAUACUUAGCCCUAACGUUGAUUUGAAUAUAGACUCCAAAUCGUUAUGUGGAUGCGAUUGUACUGAUAAUUGCGAAGACAAAAAUAAAUGUUCCUGUUGGCAACUUACUAACGAAGGUCCAAAAAAUUUUCCCGGUUAUUUUAAAGACCGUGAUAACAUUGGCUACAGUUUCAAACGGCUAUACAAACAAGUAUUUACGGGUAUUUAUGAAUGUAAUGCCAGUUGUAAAUGUAAGAAAACUUGUUUAAAUCGUGUUGUUCAGGAACCACUGAAGACGUCACUGCAAUUGUUUUUCACUAAGAAAAAAGGCUGGGGGGUGAGAACGCUCGCUGAUAUUCCCAAAGGCAGUUUUGUUUGUACAUAUCUUGGGGUGGUUCGCACAGAGAAAGAUGCUGAUGCUGAUCUUUUGUCAAACUGGGGCGAAUAUCUGGCAGAUUUGAAUUUUAUCGUGACAGCUGAAGAAUACAAAGAUGGAUAUGAAAGUAGUGCAGAGUAUGUAGAUCCUACUAGUUCAUCUGAUGAUGAAGAGUUAAAUCUUGGUUUGGCAAUCAAGAGUAAAGGUAGUAAGUUUAAAUCUAGAAGGCCGUCAAGGAAGAAUUUACAAAAUACAAAUACAAAAAUUGAUGGAAAACAUGAACUGUCUAAGUUAAAUAUUCAACAAAAAGUUGAAAGUAAAAUCACAUUUUUGCAAGGCUACAUAGAAAAAGAAGAUGACUUCUACACGUUGGAUUCUAAGGUCUGUGGGAACAUAGGUCGCUAUUUUAAUCAUUCUUGUAAUCCAAACAUAUUUCUUCAAAAUGUUUUUAUCGAUACGCACGACCUAAGACUUCCAUGGGUGGGAUACUUUGCAAAAUCAAAUAUUCCAGCAGGAACCGAACUAACAUGGGAUUAUAAUUAUAUGGUUGGCAGCGUGAAAGACAAAAUACUUAUGUGCCACUGUGGGUCAAAAAAAUGCAGGGGCAGACUAUUAUAA